AUGGGCGACGCCACCGUCACGUUCUAUGAUAAAGAUCAUGUGGCUACCGAUCAAGAGCACAUCAGGACCGUCCAGUCAGGACAGUAUGUGUUCUCUUUGGCCAUGCAUCUCCUGUACAAGCUUGAGCAAACCGAGAGGUACGCUUUCAGCGUGGAGAACAAGGGUUUCUUAAGCGUGGACGUCAAGUGGGCCGGAACGACCUACAAUCUUACCGCUGGGUCGAACACCAUCGCUUUCGAUUUCCUUAAAGGGACUACCUUCACGCCAGCUGCGGCUUCCACUCCUCCUCAGUUUACUGCUGGAAACCUCGUCUUGAUUCAGCAGCCCUAA